AUUAUAUAAAGAAAAGUUUUCAGUGGAGUUCCCAGUUCACCCACCUUAGCCACCAUGGGGCUAAGAAUUGCCAGCCUUUUUAUACUCUGGCUGGCUCUUUCCAAUGCAAAUGAAAUAAGAAAAGGAAGGACAAGAAGCCAUGGCCACUACGUCUGCAGCACUUGGGGAAACAACCAUUUCAAAACUUUUGAUGGAGACAUCUAUCAAUUCCCUGGCAUUUGCGAGUAUAAUUUUGCUUCUGACUGCCGAGAGUCUUACAAGGAGUUCUCUAUCCACAUUCAGCGUGCUCUGAACAGCAAUAACCACCCUGAGAUCCAGUACAUUCUGCUGACAAUCAAGGACUUUACAGUGUACCUCAGACCGAAGCUGGCUGUGGUGGAUGGACGGAUUGUGAAGACACCUUACUACAGCUCUGGUUUGCUCAUUGAAAGCAAUGACAUUUACACCAAGGUUUAUGCCAAAUUAGGCCUGAUUCUGAUAUGGAAUCAGGAAGAUGCACUGAUGGUGGAGCUGGACAGCAAAUUUAAUAACCAUACAUGUGGUCUCUGUGGGGAUUACAAUGGAGUUCCAAUCUACAAUGAGUUUAUUGAUGGAGAUACCAGCUACAAUUCAAUAACGUAUGGGAAUUUACAGAAGAUCAGCAAACCGAAUGCCGAAUGUGAAGAUCCUGAUGAAACUCAGGCUCUUCCAAGCUGUAAUGGGCAUCGUGAUGAGUGUGAGAGGUUGCUGACUUCCUCUGCAUUUGCUGAUUGUCGGUUACGUCUUAAUUUGGAAACUUACAUCCAAGCCUGCAUGCAGGACAAGUGUGCAUGUAAAGGAAAUGAGGACUCCUUCUGCCUCUGCAGCACCAUCUCUGAAUAUUCUCGCCAGUGUUCACAUGCGGGUGGUCGCCCAAGUGAAUGGAGGACACAGCACUUUUGCCCCAAGACCUGCCCUGAUACCAUGGUCUACAGAGAAAGCAGCUCACCCUGCAUGGAUACUUGCUCACACUUGGGGAUCAGCAGCCUUUGUGAGGAACACUACAUGGAUGGUUGUUUCUGCCCUGAAGGAACUGUGUACGAUGAUAUUACUGAAAAAGGCUGCAUACCUGCUAGCCAGUGCCACUGCAAACUCGAUGGAAAGGAGUAUUCACCUGGAGAAAGCAUUACCAAUGAAUGUGAAGAAUGCACCUGUGAUUCAGGCAGAUGGAUGUGCAAAGAUUUACCCUGUCCAGGCACAUGUUCAGUGGAAGGAGGUUCCCAUAUUACCACCUUCGAUGGGAAGAAAUACACCUUCCAUGGAGACUGUUACUAUGUGUUGGCCAAGGGUCCUACAAAUGACAGUCAUGCUCUCCUGGCAGACCUGGCUCCCUGUGGCUCCAGUGACAGGCAGACCUGUUUGAAGAGUGUUGUGCUGUUAGUAGAUCACAAAAAAAAUGUGGUGGUUUUCAGAUCAGAUGGCAGUGUGUUGCUGAAUGAAAUGACAGUGAACGUGCCUCAUGUGUCAGCCAGCUUCUCAGUAUUCAAGCCAUCUUCCUACUACCUUGUUGUACAAACUUCUUUUGGGCUUCAGCUGCAGAUCCAGCUGUUUCCAGUCAUGCAGGUGUUUGUGACUGUGGAUCAAUCGAUUCAAGGAAAACUUCAAGGUCUUUGUGGAAACUUUAAUGGAAUGGAAGGUGAUGACUUCAAAACGAGCAGUGGGCUGGUAGAAGCUACAGCAUCUGCCUUUGCUAACACAUGGAAAGCUCAGUCCACCUGUACAGAUCAGGUAGAAAAGCUGGAAGACCCCUGCAGUCUCAGUAUUGAAAGUGCAAUUUAUGCUGAGCAUUGGUGUUCAUUGCUGAAAAAUCCAGAAGGUCCUUUUGCAAGAUGUCAUGUAACCGUUGAUCCUACAGAAUACUAUAAGAAAUGUAAAUAUGACACUUGCCUCUGUGAAAACAAUGAAGAAUGCUUGUGUGCUGCCCUGUCCUCUUACUCAAGAGCCUGUGCUUUCAAAGGGAUCAUACUGGGAGGCUGGAGAAAAAGUGUCUGCACCAGUGAAGUGUCUGCCUGCCCAGGAAAUCAAAUCUUCCUUUACAAUCUUACAAUGUGCCAGCAAACCUGUCACUCUCUUGCUGAUGGUGAAAAGCAUUGCUUGCAAGACUUUGCUCCUGUGGAUGGCUGUGGCUGCCCAUAUAAUACAUACUUGGAUAACCAGGGUACCUGCGUGCCCAGGUCCAAGUGCCCAUGUUAUUACAAGGGGUCAUACCUGGAACCAGGGGAAUAUGUCAGCAGAGAUGGAGAACGUUGUGUUUGCCGAAAUGCAAAGGUCCAGUGUACUUCAGUGAAACUAAGAAUGAAAAAUGCAACAGAAUGCUCUUCUAACAAGAUAUACUUUGACUGCAAUGCAUCCCCACACUGGACUUCUCAAACACCUGUACAGCUUAGCUGUCAUACUCGUGGAACUGAUCAUUUCCAGGCAGAGUGUGUCUCAGGUUGUGUGUGUCCUGAAGGUCUAUUUGAUGAUGGGAGAGGGGGCUGUGUUGAGGAGAAGGACUGCCCAUGCAGUCAUAACAACCAGCAGUAUUCUCCUGGAGAGAAGAUAACAGUGGACUGCAACACCUGUACCUGCCAAAAUGGAGAUUGGAGCUGCACUAAAGAUCUGUGCUAUGGGACUUGUAUGAUAUAUGGAAGUGGCCAUUAUAACACCUUUGAUGGAAAAUUCUAUGACUUUGAUGGGAGUUGUGAAUAUGUGGCUACUCAGGAUUUUUGUGGUGACAAAAAUUCCAGUGGCUCGUUCAGUAUCAUCACGGAGAAUGUCCCCUGUGGAACUACAGGAGUCACCUGCUCAAAGGCUAUAAAAAUUUUUCUAGGGAAAACAGAGCUGAAACUGGAGAACAAAGAUUAUAAAGAAAUUCAGCGAGAUAUUGGUGAUGAUGUGCCAUAUUGGAACAGGACAGUAGGCCUCUACCUUGUUAUUGAGGCUAGCAAUGGUGUGAUGCUUAUCUGGGAUAAGAAGACUACUCUUUUCAUCAAGCUGACCCCUGAUUACAAAGGCAAAGUAUGUGGUCUGUGUGGCAACUUUGAUGACAAGUCCAACAAUGACUUUACAACAAGGAAUGGGCUGCAGGAGACUAAUGCACUGAAGUUUGGGAAUUCCUGGAAACAGUCUUCCUUGUGCCCAGAUGUCACAGAAGAGAUUAAGCCCUGUGAUGUGAAACCACAUCGGAAGUCCUGGGCAGAGAAAGAAUGCAGUAUCAUCCAGAGUGAAGUCUUUAAAAUUUGUCACUCCAAGGUGGACCCAAUUCCAUUCUAUGAAGCUUGUGUUCAUGAUGCCUGCUCUUGUGACAGUGGUGGAGAUUGUGAGUGCUUCUGUUCUGCAGUUGCUGCAUAUGCUCAAGAAUGUACCAAGGCUCAGGCCUGUGUUUUCUGGAGAACUCCUGAUAUAUGCCCAAUAUUUUGUGACUACUAUAACCCUCGUAAUGAGUGUGAUUGGCACUAUGAGCCUUGUGGCAGUAAUGUCACAACCUGCAAGAUGAUUAAUAAUGUCAGCACCAACUUCUCAGUACCAUACCUGGAAGGUUGCUACCCCAGAUGCCCUGAGGACAAACCUAUUUAUAAUGAAGAGACAAAGAAAUGUGUGCGUGGAGAUGAAUGUGGGUGUUACAUCAAUGGAACUUAUGUUCCACCUGGAGAAGAAAUAGCCACAGAAGACAACUGUACAAAAUGUGUUUGUCGCCCCCCCGGAUCCAUAGACUGCAGUCCAGUCCCAGGGUGUCCUUGUGUCAUCAAUGGAACAAGUUAUCCAGUGAAUGGAUUUGUGGCAAAAAUAGAGCAUGACGGCAUAUGUAUAAUAUACAUUUGUGCAGAAAAUGGUUCUGUAGUUCCCGAAGGGCCGCCCUUUCCUUGUCCGUCAACUGCUACACCUACAAUCAGUUCAACCUCCGUUCCAACAAGUACUCUUACUGCCACAGUUACCACUACAAGCUCUCCAGUUACUACAACUCCAUGUUUUGAUUUAAUCUGCAAUUGGACUAAGUGGUUUGAUGUUAGUGAUCCUGAAGAAGAUGGUGGUGACUAUGAAACUUACGAGGCAAUAAAACAACAUGGAAACGAAAUAUGUGAAGCUCCUGAAAAAAUUGAAUGCAGGGCAAAAGAUAAUCCUCAUAUGAGCUUAGAGGAACUUGGCCAGAAAGUAGAGUGUGAUGUUGCAUUUGGACUAAUCUGUAAAAAUGAGGAGCAAGAUGCAACUCUGUGGGAACUUUGCUAUGAUUAUAAAAUCAGGGUAUACUGUUGUGAGCUGCAGGAAGUGCCUUGUGGGACUCCAAGUACACCGAGUCUAACACCAACAACUUCAACCACCACCAGCACAACAGUACCUACCACCGCUAUUACCAGACAGACAACAUCAAUUGCCACCACGCCCAUACCCACCCCAACCGUCACAGGACAACCCCCAUCAUCAGUCACUAGCCCAGAAACUUCAACCUCUACAGUUCCACCUUCGACCACAACGAGCUCUCUUCACACAACAACCACGCCAACGCCAUCGGGACCUCCCAGCAGCAGCACCGCGACGAUGCCUCCCACCGUCACCACCACCCAAUUCACCCUGGGCACAACAACGACUGUUACUGGCACACCAACACCCACCACAACUACGACAACCACAUCCACACCCACGCCAACAACCACCCCUUCUACAACAACUACCACCACCAUACCCACAACUACAGCACCAACACCCACCACAACUACGACAACCACAUCCACACCCACGCCAACAACCACCCCUUCUACAACAACUACCACAGCCACACCCACACCUCCAGACUGUGACUGCAUAUGGACGGAGUGGAUUGAUGUGACUUACCCAAAUGCUUCUGACAGAAACAGUGGUGACUACGAAACCAUUGAGAAUAUUAAGGCGAUAAACGCCUCCUGGGUCUGCGAGAAUGCUGAGAAUGUUUCAUGCAGAGCAGAGAAAUUCCCUGACGUUCCCAUUGAAGAUUUAGGGCAGAAGGUGGAAUGCAGUGUUUCCACAGGGCUCAUCUGUAACAAUAGCGAUCAGACCAUAGGAGGUCCAAUACCGAUGCCGGUCUGCCUCAAUUACCAGAUCAGAGUCUGCUGCAUGCCAGACAGCUGUAUUACCACCACGCACUCCACACCUUCACCCACACCAAGCACAGUGUCCACAUCAACAACCACUCCCCCACCAACACCAUCGGAGUCUCCCAGCAGCACCAGCACCAGCACCACCACCACGAUGCCCCCCACCAGCACCACCACCAGCAGCACCCCGGGCACAACAACGACUGUUACUGGCACACCAACACCCACCCCAACUACUACAACCACAUCCACACCCACGCCAACAACCACCCCUUCUACAACAACUACCACAGCCACACCCACACCUCCAGGGAGUACAACACCUGAAUCGCCAACACCCACAAAGACGACUACUACAGUUCCUCCUUCACCUACCCCACUGUCAACAACCAGAACAACAGGAACGGAAAGUACAGUGUCCACCGUAAGCACCACUAUUCCACAGUCAACAUCAUCGGUACCAACAAGCACAGUGACGGCCACCACCCCUGUAGUCAUUGAAACAGGAUCGACGACGGAAGCCACCACUUCAGGCACCACAACCUCAGGAUCGACUCCCCGCAGCACCACAAUAAAAACGUCAACUACUCCACAUGAGACCAGUACCACGGGGACUGGCAGCCCUUCCACAGGGUCACAGACCACCACCGUCACCACCACCAGCAGCACCCCGGGCACAACAACGACUGUUACUGGCACCCCAACACCCACCCCAACUACUACAACCACAUCCACACCCACGCCAACAACCACCCCUUCUACAACAACUACCACCACCACACCCACACCUCCAGGGCCGAGAAGGGGAAGCCUGCCCACGCAAGUGAGCUUUGUUGUGGCCAGGGUUGGCUGGCUGGGGUCGCAGUUCCCAAGGAGACCCUUGAAUGUGGUGGAUGCCCAGAGGACCACCCAGUGUGCCUGCAUAUGGACGGAGUGGAUUGAUGUGACUUACCCAAAUGCUUCUGACAGAAACAGUGGUGACUACGAAACCAUUGAGAAUAUUAAGGCGCAGUACCCCUCCUGCGGGAAAGUUGAGAAUAUUUCAUGCAGAGCAGAGAAAUUCCCUGACGUUCCCAUUGAAGAUUUAGGGCAGAAGGUGGAAUGCAGUGUUUCCACAGGGCUCAUCUGUAACAAUAGCGAUCAGACCAUAGGAGGUCCAAUACCGAUGCCGGUCUGCCUCAAUUACCAGAUCAGAGUCUGCUGCAUGCCAGACAGCUGUAUUACCACCACGCACUCCACACCUUCACCCACACCAAGCACAGUGUCCACAUCAACAACCACUCCCCCACCAACACCAUCGGAGUCUCCCAGCAGCACCAGCACCAGCACCACGAUGCCCCCCACCAGCACCACCACCAGCAGCACCCCGGGCACAACAACGACUGUUACUGGCACACCAACACCCACCCCAACUACUACAACCACAUCCACACCCACGCCAACAACCACCCCUUCUACAACAACUACCACAGCCACACCCACACCUCCAGGGAGUACAACACCUGAAUCGCCAACACCCACAAAGACGACUACUACAGUUCCUCCUUCACCUACCCCACUGUCAACAACCAGAACAACAGGAACGGAAAGUACAGUGUCCACCGUAAGCACCACUAUUCCACAGUCAACAUCAUCGGUACCAACAAGCACAGUGACGGCCACCACCCCUGUAGUCAUUGAAACAGGAUCGACGACGGAAGCCACCACUUCAGGCACCACAACCUCAGGAUCGACUCCCCGCAGCACCACAAUAAAAACGUCAACUACUCCACAUGAGACCAGUACCACGGGGACUGGCAGCCCUUCCACAGGGUCACAGACCACCACCGUCACCACCACCAGCAGCACCCCGGGCACAACAACGACUGUUACUGGCACACCAACACCCACCCCAACUACUACAACCACAUCCACACCCACGCCAACAACCACCCCUUCUACAACAACUACCACAGCCACACCCACACCUCCAGACUGUGACUGCAUAUGGACGGAGUGGAUUGAUGUGACUUACCCAAAUGCUUCUGACAGAAACAGUGGUGACUACGAAACCAUUGAGAAUAUUAAGGCGAUAAACGCCUCCUGGGUCUGCGAGAAUGCUGAGAAUGUUUCAUGCAGAGCAGAGAAAUUCCCUGAUGUUCCCAUUGAAGAUUUAGGGCAGAAGGUGGAAUGCAGUGUUUCCACAGGGCUCAUCUGUAAGAAUAGCGAUCAGACAAUAGGAGGUCCAAUACCGAUGCCGGUCUGCCUCAAUUACCAGAUCAGUUUCUGCUGCAAGCCAGAAAACUGUACUCCAUCUACCACCACGCGCUCCACACCUUCACCCACACCGAGCACAGUGUCCACAUCAACAACCGCUCCCCCACCAACACCAUCGGAGUCUCCCAGCAGCACCAGCACCAGCACCACCACCACGAUGCCCCCCACCAGCACCACCACCAGCAGCACCCCGGGCACAACAACGACUGUUACUGGCACACCAACACCCACCCCAACUACUACAACCACAUCCACACCCACGCCAACAACCACCCCUUCUACAACAACUACCACAGCCACACCCACACCUCCAGGGAGUACAACACCUGAAUCGCCAACACCCACAAAGACGACUACUACAGUUCCUCCUUCACCUACCCCACUGUCAACAACCAGAACAACAGGAACGGAAAGUACAGUGUCCACCGUAAGCACCACUAUUCCACAGUCAACAUCAUCGGUACCAACAAGCACAGUGACGGCCACCACCCCUGUAGUCAUUGAAACAGGAUCGACGACGGAAGCCACCACUUCAGGCACCACAACCUCAGGAUCGACUCCCCGCAGCACCACAAUAAAAACGUCAACUACUCCACAUGAGACCAGUACCACGGGGACUGGCAGCCCUUCCACAGGGUCACAGACCACCACCGUCACCACCACCAGCAGCACCCCGGGCACAACAACGGCUGUUACUAGUACAUCAACACACACCACGACUUCUGCCAGUACAUCCAGAGAACCAGAAAUAAGCACCAAAACACCCCUGCCUCCAACUACAGAACCACAAAGUAAUUAA